AUGCAAGAUGAGCAUGGGAGAGCAGGUCCAGGGCACAAUGGCUACUCACGGGAAGUGACGCUCUCCAGACUUCGGCUCCGAGUGCUUCCGCUCAAAGUCUUGCUAAAUAACAACAUUGAGAGCUUGAAUUUGGACCGGAACAAGCUGAAAUACCUCAAUGGAAUUUCUAAUCUCUGCAAUUUGAAAAAGCUGAUUUUGUCUAAAAACAAUAUUGCAGACUUCCCAGAGGAAAUCAGGAACUUGGUCCAUUUGGAGAGGCUGGAUCUCAAUCAGAACCAAAUCCGGGUCAUCCCAGAAGGAGUCUUUUCCUGUUUUCCAAAGUUGAAACACCUACGACUCAACAACAACCGCUUAGACAACCUUCCCAAGGACCUGGUAGCCUGCAGCAGUACUCUCCAGUACCUCAACCUGUCCAACAAUUUGUUCCAAACCAUCCCUUUGGUGGUCUUGGAGCUUACAAACCUGCAGGAGUUUUAUGUGCAGAAUAAUGUACUGCAGCAGCUUCCCAUGAUGCUAUUCCAAAAACUCCCUCUGAAAAUGUUCAAAGUCAGUGGGAACCCACUGAGGCAGCCUCCAUAUGAAGUCUGUGCUGGUGGCAUCAGGCAGAUCAUCAGCUAUUUCAAUCAGCUGCAGCAAUGCCAAGGUAAAGAGGAUAAGCGAGUCAAAACCAUGUUCCUGGGGGCAUCCUUGGCUGGGAAGUCGACCAUUUGCAAAAGCUUGCAGCAAAGGCAGAUUGUUCACAUGUCAAAAGAAGAGCGGACCGUUGGGAUCGAAAUCAGUGAGUGCCAUAUCCAAGGCUUCACUUUCCUUUUUUGGGACUUUGCUGGACAGUUGGAAUACUAUAUGACCCACCACAUGUUCAUCACCCCGCAAGCAUUGGUCAUCUUGGCCAUUGAUUUUCAGCAGUACCAAUUGAACAAUGACUCCUUCGAGGAACUUGUUGGAUUUUGGAUCAACAACCUCCUCAUGCGAGUGCCAAACUCUGUGGUUCUUCCGGUUGGGACUCACAUAGAUGCCUGUGCUGUAGAAGAGGUUGAAGCAAAGAAAGAGGAUAUCACGUUCAAGAUCCAGGCCUUGCUGGAGGAAAGAAAGACCAAUGUAGCCCAUCUCAUUGCUAACUUGGAGGAUAAUGAAGAAUCUGAAUUCUUUGUGGACCAGUGGAAUAGACUGAAGGAAAUGGAGAAUUGUACCCUCACGAUUUUAGACCUCGUUCCAAUCAAUUGCAUGGACUACCAGGCUAUUAAGAGCCUUGAAGGCACAAUUCUGGAGCAUGUCAAGAAUGAAGAAAUAUUCCCGAAUGUCAUCCAAGUGCUUCCCCCUAUUUAUAAAGAAGUAGAAGCUGCAAUUGUUGAGAUUGUGCAAAAAAAUGAAGAGGUGGCAGAGCAUGGCAAGUAA